GGCGGGGCGGGGGAGACACAGCGGCGGCGGCGGCAGGAAGUGACGUCAGCGCCCUCCCCGCGGCAGCGGGGCCGUGUGUCUCCGCUUCCGGUCGGCGCGCGGGCGGCCCUGUCAGAGCGCAGGCUGAGGAGCCCCUACCGGCCCCGCCAUGACCCGGUGGGCUCGGCGGAACGGCCCUCCUGGCCAGAAGGUGCUGGAGGCCACCCCAUGGGAGGAGAUGGCAAAUGGUCCCCAGGGGCGUUCCGGGCCGCUCUCCCUGAAGAAGGAGCAAGAGAAGAGGAAGAAGAAGAACAAGAAGAAGAAGGACUACCUGAAUGAAGAUGUUAACGGGUUCGCAGCCUACCUGGAGCAAAGCUCCCAGGGUGGAGGGGUGGCUAAGGAAGAGAGUGCUGGGCUGGAGAAGGAGGUAGCAAUAGCCUUGAAGAAGGACAAGCGGCGGGAGGAUAGGAGGCUGAAGAGGCAAGAAAGGAAGAAAAAUGCCAUGGUAUGUUUCCACUGUAGAGAACCUGGCCAUGGUGUUGCUGAUUGUCCUGCAGUACUUGAAAGUCAAGAUAUGGGUACGGGAAUCUGUUACCGUUGCGGAUCCACAGAACAUGACAUUGGCAAAUGCAAAGCAAAAGUAGAUCCAGCUGUUGGGCCAUUUCCAUAUGCAAAAUGUUUCAUCUGUGGUGAAAUGGGGCAUCUGUCGAGGUCGUGUCCAGAUAAUCCCAAAGGACUGUAUGCCGAAGGUGGCUGCUGCAAACUUUGUGGCUCUGUGGAGCACUUCAAAAAAGACUGUCCGGAAAAACAGAACGCAGAUCAGGUUACGGUUGGACGGUGGGCCACUGGGAUGAGCGCGGAUUAUGAAGAAAUCACAGAAACACCAAAGAUGGAAAAACCGAAAGUGAAAGCCCCUAAAAUUGUUACUUUUUGAAAGCCUCUUGACUCUAAACCACAGUUAGCCCGUGCUGCUUCACUCCAGGGUCAGGACUGCACAGCGUGGAUUGCCGGUUCUAGAAAAUCAGGCAGUCUAUCGCAGCUAAAUUAUUUAUCUUUUUUUUUCCCAGUUUGCCUCCCAGGCUCACCUAGCUCACUGAAAAGCUGCGAACAACAGAAAUGCAGCCAAGUGGGUAUUAUAUUUUUAUAUAUCUCUGCUGUAAUACAGCCUUCCCUCUGAUUCACAUUCCCUCUCACUGCCAGCUCUCUGGAGAGGGAGAUUGGCUCCUUCUUAUCACGGGGAUCUGGUUGCAGUUACCAAGUGUGCACUUUAUCAUGGGCAUCUGUGGCCACUGGAUUUCGGUGGUCAGUAUUGUUACCUUAGGAGUGCUGCUUUUAGGUACUGGAGAUGAACACAGUCAUGCUGGGCUUGGAAGGCAUUGUGGGUAUUUUCUAAUGACUCUUCUUGGGUUCUGGUUCGGUUUUGCCUUCUCCUUUUAGGAAGAAUGGAUUUCUUGCUCUGGAUGUAGAAGCUUGAGCAGUCUUGUGGUGAAGUUAUCAGGUGAAUCCUACAGCCUGUAGAGCCACUGAUACUCAGCUAAAUACCUGCAUGCAUUAACUGAUUGUUUAUGCGCGUUGGAUUGAGUAUUUGUUCACAAACAGAAACAGAAUCGUGCCCUUCCUGGUGAAUUCUGUGGUGAUAUCUGUGGUGAAAUAUAUCUGAAAAGAGCUGGAGGGCAAGUAAACAGCUUGCCUAGUUCCUUUACUCUUUUUUCAAGGAAAGUGCUCAAAAACCUCAAAAACUUCAGUGUUUCUAUUCCUUAGUGGGUUGGGCAUAAACUUUGCAUUGUAUUAUGCCUGCUUUAUUUAUUUUUAAACGGAGACUGCAGCCUGAAAGACUGCAGCCUUGGAAAAACUGAGGCAUAUUAAAAAUAAGUUAUGAAGCCAACUCAAAACAGAGUUCCUGCAGCAGCUCUCCAAACACUGUAGUAAUUCAGCCCAGGCUGCCAGUGGUGUGGGCUUUUGCUGGUGUCUGAUCAUCUGGGUGAAGAUGAACAAGGACGUCUGUGGAGACGUGCACCUCAAGCUUAUUUCACGUGGGGACCCUCAUCCUGAACCGUCUGCCUGACACCGAGCAUCUCGGUCUCUACGGCAGCUCCAGUGGCCCUCGGACAAACACGGUACUUCCCUGUCCCUAAAAUCUUAAAUGUGCCUUUUAUAAACUUCAGAUUGUGUUUAUACAGCAAUAAGCAACAGUCCUUGGGGGGACAGCUGCACAGUGGUCAAGCCGUUGCUUCUGAAGAAUUAAUGUAUCUUUUAAAUAAAUGUCUUAAUGGUGCCCAGACCACCCUGGUGAGAAGGCAGAAGGAACACCAGAGAGCAAACCUUCUGGACCAGGUUUUGAGGUGCUCAGGACCUGCCACUGACACCACGGGUUCGGAAUGUACGUUUCUUACAGCAGAAAAACAAAUACAGGAAUUUAAUGGUGGGAGAAUGAAUUUUAUACUUGUACAUGUUAAUUAUUUUUAAUAAAAACACUGCCAAAGAACACAAUA